ACAUUUCGUGCUUUGACCACCGUCAGCCUUUCCCGAUUUUUAUUCUACGCGGUUGAUCUUUCCUGUAGUCCAGGAUGCGCAGCUCUCCAGUCUGUCUUGCGCGCAAGCUGCCGAAGCCAUUGAAGUUCAAAGUUCAAGUAUUCCAUCUGGACAGGCUUGCACAACCGCCGUCGACAUUACCCCGAAUCAUACCUCGCGACAAAGUAGCGGACGGUACUGCGAUUCUCUCUGCCCCGGCACCUAAAUCCCAGCACUUCAAACCGCCGAGCUUACUGGAAACACUGCUGGCUCGACAAAAAAAUGCGCCAGAAGAUUGGCCACCCAACUUGCGUAUAGAGCCGGUCAUCAGCAGACAAACAUGGGAGCCGGUGAAAAUGGGGAUCAGGUCGAAGCUGAAACGGAUGUUGAGGGAGACUUGA